AUGAUGCAUCAGAUUUACAGCUGCAGUGACGAGAAUAUAGAAGUUUUCACUACGGUGAUUCCUUCCAAGGUGUCCAGUCCAGGCAGAAGAAGAGUCAAAAGUUCUCAACACAUCUUGACCAAAAAUGUGGUGAUCGAGUCGGACCUCUAUGCCCCCAGACCCCUGGAGCUGCUGCCCCACCGCAGGGACCGCAGUGACUGUGAGGCCCGCAGGCCCAGCAGGGUCCAGAACACACGGCAGCAGGGACCACACCAGGCAAAAGUCCCCACCAGAUCUGUGGGGACUACUGAACCCAAAUCAUCAAAUCUGUGUGGGAAUCGAGCAUAUGGAAAAUCUUUGAUUCCUCCUGUUGCCCGGAUCUCAGUGAAAGCUCCUGCCCUCCAGGAGGCGGCAGCCACAGGCUCAGAGAAUGGACCAGUCCUGACAAGAGGAUCCAGACAUCUCAAGAAGAUGACAGAAGACUAUCCAACACUUCCCCAAGGAGCAGAAGCCUCCCUUCCGCUGACAGGGAGUGCCCCCUGCGGUGUCCCCAGCAUCCUCCGGAAAAUGUGGACAAGGCACAAGAAAAAGUCAGAAUAUGUGGGAGCUACCAACAGCGCCUUUGAGGCCGACUAA